AUGUCGUUCCGCGUUGCUGCUCGCCGGGUGCCCACCCUCGCCCUUGCCCGACCCACGGUUGCCCCCCGUGCUGCCACCUCGGUUGCUGCCAUCCGACUGUACAGCGACAAGCCCUCGCCCGAGGCCCGUGCUAGCUCCAUCAUCGACUCUCUGCCCGGCAACUCGCUCGUCAGCAAGACCGGCUGGGUCACCCUCGGUACCGGUCUCACUGCCGUCGCCAUCAGCAAGGAGAUCUACGUCGCCAACGAGGAGACCGUCAUCCUUGUCGGCUCGCUCAUCUUUGCCGUCCUCGUCGGCCGCGCCAUCACCGGCCCCUACAAGGAGUGGGCCGACUCCCAGAUCGAGGCUAUCACCUCCGCCACCACAACAUCGCAGGCUCGAUCGCAUACUGGAGACUACGACCACCAGGCACCUCCAUCACAGCAUCGACUUGGGCGGACCCUCAUUGACGCUGCGGACUUGUGCUGGUCUGCUAAAAUCUCGAACAUCCUCAACGGCGCUCGUGCCAAGCACACCGAGGCAGUUCAGACUCGCAUUGACUCUGUGGAGCAGCAGAAGGACGUUGUUGGCCUGACGCAGGCACUGUACUCUGUGGCCAAGGAGACGGCGCAGACGGAGAAGGAGGUUUUCGAGCUGCGACAGAAGACGGCGCUCGCGGCCGAGGUCAAGGCGGUGCUCGACUCGUGGGUGCGCUUCGAGGCGACCGAGCGUGAGCAGGAGCAGCGCGAGCUCGCAGCCAGCGUGAUCCAGAAGGUGCAGGACUCGCUCAAGGACGACAAGCUGCAGAAGCAGAUCCUCGACAACGCCGUUGCCGAGAUCGAGAGCCUCGUCAAGUCCAAGGCCAUCUAA